AUGGCUGAGGAUGACAAUCAACAAGAAUUCAAUGAAUCCACGCCUUUGGUUCGCACGGGACGCACGCGCGAAAACUCCGUGGCUUCCAUGCUUGCCCGUGGCAGAAGCAACACUUUAAACGGACUGAAAACAGGAUACGACACGGUUAGACGUCACAAAGUGCAGUUCACGUAUGCUUUGCUAGGAUCUAUUCUCCUGUAUUUGGGCUUCACCCUUGCUUUUCUACCUCGAACCUCGCUGUCGCGAGAUUUCCGUCGUUUGCAUUUCAAUAAGUUUACCAGGGCAGAAACUUACCGGGUCUAUUUAGAAAGUCUGCAGCGCGAAAACCACGCCAAAGAACAUGUGAGAGCAUAUACAUCGCAUAGACAUAUGACUGGAGAUGUGGCAGCACUGGAAUACACCGUAGACCAACUUCGGGCGCUUGGAUUUUCACCUAAGCUCGAAAAGUACUACCCCUGGGUGAACUACCCAGUGGACACAGGGUUAUCGCUCUGGAUUGACAACGAAAAAGUGUUCGAGUCGAACAUGAUAGAGGACUGUCUUGAGGAAGACCCAUCGAGCUGCGGUCCGGAGCAAGUGUCAGCAUUUCAUGGUUAUUCUGCUAACGGAAAAGUCACCGCUAGGUACGUUUACUGCAACUACGGAACUUUGGCAGAUUACGAGUUUUUGCGGCGGGAAAAGGUCGAUUUGGAAGGGAAGAUACAUAUAAUACGCUACAGCGCCAUGUUUCGCGGACUCAAAGUUAAAAACGCCGAGGCCAAUGGCGCCUCUGCCGUUAUACUGUAUACUGAUACGUUUGAUGAUGGCAACGUGACAGAAGCCAAUGGAUAUAAAGCGUAUCCGAAUGGACCUGCACGCAACUCGGGCGGAUUUCAGCGAGGCUCGGUAGAGUAUUUUACUGAAGCACCAGGUGAUCCUACUACUCCCGGUUACGCAUCGAAAUCUCCAGACACUAAAAGAAUGUGGCCGUUGGGUCGAGUUCCCACAAUUCCAUCAAUUCCAAUGAGCCAGCGCGACAUUGGUAAAAUCUUGCCACAUUUGAAUAACAGAGGUUCCUCCUUUGACGUUCAAGGUAACGUUGACAACUUCAAAUACUAUAGUGGCCCGUCUGACGAAAACGUGACACUUACAUUAGUUAACGAGCAGGAUUACAAGUUCAAAGAAAUCACAGAUGUGCUGGUCGAAAUCCCAGGUAUCCUGGGUGGUAGUAGCAUCGUGAUCGGAAAUCACCGGGACUCGUGGACUGUCGGUGGUGCUGGAGAUCCAAAUAGCGGAAGUAGCAUCCUGCUCGAGGUUGCCCGAGGCUUGAGCGAACUUCUGGAAAAAGGCUGGAGGCCUUUGCGAACCAUCCAGCUCGCAAGUUGGGAUGGUGAAGAGCCUGCAAUGCUGGGAUCAACUGAAUACGGAGAAGAUCACGCUGCAAGACUUCAAGAAAAGGUACUGGCCUACUUCAAUCUCGAUACAGCUAUCACAGGGAGUGCAUUCCAAUGCGACGCCAAUCCCCUGCUAGCCAAGCUUUUGCCAAGAUCCGCAGCUUUGACACGCUUCGCCGGAAAACCCGGUAAAUCGCUGCUGCAGGUGUGGGAGGAGCAAUCAGAUGCAAAGAUCGGAGUGCUUGGAUCGGGUACGGACUUUGCUGUUUUCCAACACCAUUUAGGAAUCCCUUCUGCGAAUUUCAAGUUUGCGAGUAAUGGCAAGGACGAUGCUGUUUAUCAAUACCACACAAAUUACGAUACUUACACCUGGCUAGAGACAUUUGUUGACCCCGAGUAUCACCUACACAACACCAUGGCUAUUUUCACGGGUAUGUCGGCCUUGAUGCUGAGUGAGAGCGAGGUCGUCUAUUUCAACACCCAAGAUUAUGCGAGGGAAAUCAAAAACCACUACAAAAAAUGGCACACAUUGUUAAAUCACACUUUCACAGGCAACGAAUAUAUCCAGGGCAAAGCCACCAAUUUAUCUCGACUGAUAAGCCACAUCGAGACCAACGUAAGUGUUGAAUUCGAUCGCCAGACUGCGGCACUGCGCAAAUCGGUCGUGAGAGAUUAUCCAUGGUAUAAAUUCUACAAGAAAGUCGCGAUUUAUGUGAAAUUAGUGAGGACCAAUUCCAAACUAAAGAAACUCGACCGGCUCUUCGUAACCGACAGAGGGCUAAAAGACCGGCCUUGGAUGAAGCAUUCAAUAUACGGUCCGGACAAAGAGCUGGGGUAUGCUGGCGAUGUUUUACCUGGCUUGCACGAAGCGCUUCUAGCAGCAAAUCCUCAAGAAACGCUCGAGUGGCUUCAUGUGCUUGACAAAGAAUUAAGUUUGGUACAGGAACUUCUCAAAACUUGA